CUGUGGUGGACCCUGUGUUGAUAGAAAACUCAGAGCGUAUUCUGAGCAAGGUCCAAACACUGGCCCGGAUGUAUAGUGCCAAAGCCAGUACCAUGAAGAUCCCGCUGCAUCAGAAACGGGCCAGCACUGUACGGAACCAAUCAUGGGGCUCAGGUAGACUGUCUGGACACUCAACUCUAACCCUGACACAGGUUCCAUCCCAGACUCAACAACAGACCCCUUCUAAGAACUGGCAACAAACACAAUACCAGAUGGGAAUCAAUAAAUCAGAUACCCACACGGAAUCCGAAACUGGAACACAAACUCACAUCAAGACCAAGGUUCAGAGCCAAACCCAAACACAAACUAGGCAGCAAUUGCAGAUCCAAACUAAGAGCCAAAUCUCGAGUCAGGCACAGACUCAUUACCAAAGGCAAUACCAGACUCAGACCAUGAGCUGGGAGGACCAGAGGAUCCAGGAGGAGGGGAUGAUAAACAGAGCAGAGAGCCUGACAGUUGAUUUCCAGAGGUUGGUGAUGCCCCCCUGUGAACCUCUGCUCUUUGGUCAUGUGUUUGUCAAAGAGCAGCUGACCUCAGCCUGUCACCACCAAAUGAAUGACUUCACCCUCUCCAGGCCCAGGGACUUCAUCUCUGCCUUGACUAAAGAAAGAGACUCUGUUGUAGGCUGUAGAUCAGGUGACAAAUCCCAGACCAGCUCCCAGAGUCCUAGGGAAAAUCCAGUUACCUCACAAAGAGAUCAAUCUUCCAAUCAGGCACAGGAUAACAGCUAUGACCCGGGGCGCACCUCCUCUGACAGGUGCAUGGCUUCUGCAUCUGCCAGGAGUCACCUCAGUGCACAACCUGAAGAUCAGAGCUACAGUUCAUGCUGCUCUGCCACAAACACACCCUCGACUCCAAACAUGACCUUGGAUUGUGGAGUCACCAAGCUCAGCUCCACCUGUUUCGCAGGGAAAGAUGAAGCCCUGCAUCAAAAUAGAGAGGUUUAUACAGAUACUGAGGAGACAGAGAAAAAAGGGGGGUCACAGCAGAGUGCUGCACACCCUGUCUCCUCAGUCAGAGAAGACUCAACAUCUGCAAACAUCAUUACCCAGCCAGCACACAAAUACAAGCAGGAUAUACCAGCUGCACAGUAUAUACAAAAUAAACAUGUACCAGAUACGGACAACAUUGAUUACUUAACUAAAGACGUGCCGGGUGCUCAUGCAGAGCCUGAACACUUGGUUUGUACAAAAAACCUGGAUGGAGAGCCGGUGCUGACUUUAGCAAAGAAAGAUGAACUCCGAAGUGAUCAGACAAAAUUAAAUGAGACAAAGUGUGACUUAAAUUCUCCAUCACAAACCAGGAUGAUUGUACAGGGUUCAGCAGUGAUCUUUUCAGAGGAGCCACCUUUCCACAGAUCCUCAAGAGACCUGGUUAUUCCACCAUCCCCGAGCCAGCCUUUGCACUUGACCUUUGACCCCUUUCAGGUGAAUCUCACCUCAGAGGAUCACAAAGCAAGAGAAAGGGCAGCACUAAGUCCAGGUCCAUCACCAAAUCCCACGCAACCACAGUCUCAAUCAGCACAGUCAGGAGACUGUCUACCAACAUUCAUUAGCCAGAGGCUACCAGAAAUACCCACUACUACGGGUAAACAGGCCCUGUCUAACACCUUGAAUCUCAAUUACACCACUCCAUAUGAAUGCAGGGAACCAGACCAGCAGGACUCAGGAUCCCCUAACAACCUGCCCAUCUUUAGCCUCCUUUCAGGCCGCCACCCACCCUCCUGUCUCUCCAUGGAGACAACCAGCCUGGGGGAGCCACCCAACCCAGCCAUUGCCACCCAUAGCCAGGACACAGAACCCACCUCGGCCCCCUCAGCCUUCAGUCCCAGCUUAAGACACCGCUCCCGUUCUCCUGUUAGAGCUCCUCCCGCCUCCUCUCCCCUGCCGCUGUCCCCCUCCUCUGUCCGAGUGCCUCCUUGCUCAUCACUGUUCACUGUCGUUCCAGCAUCUUCUCUGACCCCUGGAUCCAGUGAAGGCUUCACCUCCCCAAACACUGGCUCCAGGGCUGUUCCCUCUUCAUCCCCUACUCCCUCUGCUGGCAUGACAGCCCCACCUGCCUCGUCUCCAACACCUUCCUCUGCUUCAGGGAGGUCUUUAUCAGUAAGAGCAGGUGUUCCCUCCUCCCCUACACCAUCCUCUUCCCUCUGCUCAUCCCCCAUAACUUCUUCCUCUGCAUUUACCAGAUCUUUAGCUGCCUCCUGUAUCAGCCAGUCCAUCAGUCAGAGUAUGGCAAAAAAAAGCACUGCCCAGCAACAAGCCCCACCCAUAAACCCAGUAAAUCAAAGCCCCUCCUCCACUCCCUCCUUCCCCUCAUCUCAUCUACGACGGUGUUCCCCUUCUCCAAAACUCCCUCCCAGUCAGCAAAGUCCCAGUACACCUGCUUAUGUCCAGAUGGGGUACAUUAAAGAUGGGCACCAGCAUCCAAGGUGUCCACCAUCAUCUCUCCUAUCCUCUUGCCCUUCUCCAUCCCUCCUCCAGUUACCCCCUCCCUCUCUUUCACACUGCUCACCUUCCCCAUCUAUGAGUCUGGCCCAUCAUCAACCUUCCCACUCUCACUCCUCCUCUCAUCCUUCAUUCCUUCACUCAUCGCAGAAUGCAAACAACAACAACAACAACAACAACAACUUUAACUUAGCUGGUUUACCAACAGCGGUCAGCAGUGGAAGUAAUAUCAGCAGCUGUAGCAUUAACGGUGCUGUCAAUAAUGGGGGUUGGUCAGGAAGUCCUCAGAAGACACCGCUAGCUAAUGGUAGCACUAAUGCUACAGUAAUGCAACAAACCCAUGAUCCUCUGUGGUUGGGGUCACACAACCGUGUAGCUCGGCCUUUUUCUGCAUCCGAACCCAACUCACGAGUUCAGUCCCCAACUCCCUCCCCGACCCCUGCUUCGUUUGCUCGACUCUGCUCUCCACCUCCUCAACAUAAGUUCUCCACCCCCAUGGCAAACAAACCUCCCCACCCCCUGAGCACACGGGCAGGAGAUGCAAGUUCCCAUAAUCCACUAGGCCUCACUUUGGAGCUUCCCAGGGCCUCUUCAGCAAGUUCGGCAUUAGUACAGUCAUCGUCGUGCCUGAGCCCUCGUAUCCUCUCCCCUCCUCCCAUUGGCGUGUCAGUGAAUGUUUGGACAAAUAAUGUUGCAACACCUCAACCAAGAAACCCCAGAUUAUCUUCCUCUUCUCCUUUGUCUCCCUUUUUUUCCACCUCAGGCUCAGCAACUUUUCCCACUUCCUCUUCUACUUCAGUCCCACUGCAUAGCUGUAGAGCCUCUUCCCCGUCUCGACCCUGUCCUCCUGCGGUCCAAACACUCCACAGGUCUUUCUCCUCCAACUUGGCAGACAGACCCCCUAGUCCAGCCUGGAGCAACCCGAGCAGACUCCGCUGCUCCUGGGCAGAGAGUAGCCAUAGGUCCCUUUGUUUCAGUGGAAGUGGUCGAGGGUCUUUCAACCAGCAGGAGUCCUAUCCAACCAGCCCACUGAGCGGAUGGUCCUCAUACAACACCUCGCAGUCCUGCCUCAGCCCCCGACCCAGGCUUCAGUCCUCACUCUCAGCUAGCAGGCUUACCCCAAGGAAGGGCACCCUUGGUGGCCAGCAUUUCACCAGCGUGCCAUGGCCAGAUGUUCGAGAGCUUUCAAACAAAUAUAACGGGGCUGACUGUCUCGAUACAAUUGGUACUUCCACUAUCAUCGCCACCUCUCCUUCUCUCUGCUCCCUCUCUCAGUCCUUCCUCUCCUCUCCGGCUCCAUCAGACAGUCAGACAGAAUGGGGAGACCCAGAGCUAGAAGAGGGUAGCUGUCGUAGCCAGCUCAUCUGUGCCUAUGUUGCCCACCCCUUCCGUGAACAAAACCUCCCCUCAUGUCUGGCCCUGUCCUCCUCAGGCACCACCUCCCCUCCAAACAACUACCCAUCCGAAGUCAAACCACACCCUCAGGCCCAAAUCACCACCAGAACAUCUCCUGUACCCUCUGUCCACUCCCCCUUGCCCUCAAACUCAUCACCCCUACCUUUUGUCCAUUCCUCUCCUACCAAGCCUGGGAACCAGAAGACCAGUUAUGCCACCACAGUCAACCUCCAGAUCGCUGGAAGUGGCCGAAUAACCUCCUUCAGCACCGCCCAAGUUAGCCUGACCCAAACCCUUCAAGGUGGAGCAGGAGCUGGAGGACCGGGACAGGGGCAGAUGGUGAGGAGAGUGAGCAUCAACGGACUUUCACACCUUCCUCCCCCUCUUCCUCAGAAUUGCAACAGGCUUUAAAGAAAGCGAGAACUCUUCCUUCAUGGUCUUAUAAGGGCCAAAAGACAAGAUGGUGGUGGAAGUAAAAAAGGCAUUAGACAAUGUGUGUAUUUUGCUUUCUGUGCAGAGGAAGCAACACAGGUUAGUGUGUAACCCUUAGUCAGUGGUCCAGACCUUCACAAAUAUCCCCUGGCUGGACCUGAACCAUGAACCACUCUGCUUGCCACCAUGUUGGAAAUGAAAGAGCAAAGCGUGGGGUCCUUUGACCUGGGAAUAAGUUGUUCACAUCUAAGGGACAGAAUGAAUGUUUUCAACUCAAUGUGGCACAGAUUUGAAGACACAGUGUGAAGGGGAUGCGUAUUGGGUCUUGGCUUCUGCAAACGCUUCAUACCUGAACAUUAAACAUGAUCUUUCAAGAAUGGAAAUUCUACCUGCACGUGGUUCGUAUAUUGCAACCUGGGCUAAUGACUUUGAGUGGAUGCAGAUGGAAUUGCUUUAAAGAUCCUAAUAUGGUAAAGAGUAAUGACCAUGUCUCCAUCCAUGGAAAUGUAUCACUCAGCUCUGAUCUCGUAGGCUGAGCACCAAAACCCCUGACUGUCCACAGCUGUCCGAUCACUGGUCAAACGGCUGGACCAGUCUGAAGUCUGUUCAUUGGACAGAACAGCUCUGGACUCUGUCUGGUGAUGUGACGACUUCUCACAUGGAACUUUUCACUUUAGACAUUUCUGUAAAAGCCAGUUAACUCAGUAAGAUUUAAUGAGUGGGAGUUAAUCCAUUCUAACACAUCCUGCAAACACAUACACGUUGAAGGUCCAGUGUCCACAUUGCUGUAUGCAAUCUUUGUUACUUAAAGUUUGUUUUCCUAUUUUCUUUUAUAUAUUCUGUUGAACAAACAUCAGUGUUUGGCUGUCUGAGGUCAGUGUUGAGGAUGGGUAAUAACUGUGGUUAUUAUUAAUUCAUCAUUUUAACCAUUUUUAUAAUUCUUUUUAUUUUAUUGUUUAUUUAUAAAGUUAGUCUUUU